AUGAGUAGCGUCAAGGGAUGUGUGUUCGCCUCUACCUUCGUAGAUGUGACGAAAGCCCUCGACACGGUCAAUGGUGAAGAACUAUUGAAAGUCAUGCAGAAAUUUGACCGUCCCGAGAAAUUCACUCAGAUGGUGCGUCAGCUCCCCGAUGGCAUUACGGCACGCGUCACGGACAAUGGAGCUGUCUCAGAAGCACUCUCAGUAGCCAACAGAGUGAAGUGGGGCUGUGUCAUCACGCCCACUCUCUUCAUUCUCAUGUUCACUGCCACGCUAAUGGAGUCUACCGUGAGGAACGCUCCGAGAUCCGUGUCGCCUACAGGACGGACGGUCAACUUCUCAAUCAGCGGCAGAUGCACCUCCAGUCGGAUGCAUCCACAACUGCCGUCCGUGAACUUCUCUUCGCCGACGACUGCGCCCUCAACGUCACUACUGAAGGGGACGUGCAAAGGAGCAUGGGCCUCUUCACCGUCGCCUGCGACAACUUCGGUAUGAUGAUCAACACGGAGAAGACGGUGGUUAUGCAUUAACCGCCACCCUACACGACCUACGUCGCAUCCCAAAUCAAAGUGAACGGCACCCUGCUGCAAGCCGUGGACGACUUCACCUACCUGGACAGCACCCUCUCUCGCAAUAUCAAAGUCGGCGACGAAGUGGCCCGCCGGACCUCCAAAGCCAAGCAAGCGUUAGUCUGUCUGCAAAACACAGUUUGGAAUCAACACGGUCUCUGCCUCGGCACCAAGCUGACGAUUUGCAAAGCAGUCAUCCUACCGAAGCUGCUGUAUGUAACGGAGACCUGGACGGCGUACAAGAAGCAGGCUCGAAGAAUCAACCAUUUCCAUCUCACGUGUCUCCGACGGAUAAUGAAGCUGAGGUGGCAGGACCGGAUAUCCGACACGAACGUACUGGAACGGACGGAAAUCCUCACCAUCUGCAUCAUGCCGAGACAACUGCAACUGCGUUGGAGAGGCCAUCUCGCGCGAGCGGUUGCCCAAGCGGCUCUUCUAUAG